AUGAGUUGGUCCUCCUAUGUUGCCCGUUACAAGGACCCAGUUCAAAGAGGAAAUGAUUCAAGAACUAGUGAUUCUGAUGAAACAGGCUGUGUCGAGAUUUGCAAAGCAAGUGAUAGUCUGUUACAUAUGAAGUUCUAUGCUUUAUCUAGUGGUGUCGUGAGCCAUUUGCUUACUGGAUGUGAUGGAAAUGAAAUGGAUUUCCCAUUUGAACUAACGGAUGAAGAAAUGGAAGUUAUCCAUUUCCGUAAAAGCUCCUUUAUCCUGGGGAGAUCAGGAACAGGAAAAACAACUGUUUUGAUUAUGAAGUUAUUUCAAAGGGAGCAGCUUUACCAUCUAGCUUCAGAAGGAUAUCAUGAAGUUGAAAGCAGUUCUACCAAUAAUGUUAGCUGUGGAAGUGAAGUACAGAAAAAGGAAAAUAUUCUGAGACAAAUCUUUGUAACAGUCAAUGUUCGACUUUGCUAUGCUGUUAAGGGAGGCUCUCAGGCUGAGUUGGAAGAUAUAGAUGAGAUGUCGCUAUUUUCAGAUAUUCCUGAUUCUUUUGCUGAUCUUUCGCCAUGCUCAUAUCCUCUAGUUAUAACAUUUAACAAAUUCCUGAUGAUGUUGAAUGGAACAGUAGGCAGGUCUUUUUUUGAAAGAUUUCCUGAACUUAGGAUAUUUUAUCAGGAGAAGAGAAAAAAUUCUAGAUCCACGGCCUUAAAGACCUUUAUCAGAACAAAGGAGGUUCGUUAUGACAAGUUCUGCUCAUCUUACUGGCAACAUUUCAGUCAACAGCUAACAAAGAAACUUGAUCCAUCAACAGUUUUUGCUGAAAUCAUUUCUCACAUAAAAGGAGGUCUGUGGAAAAAGAAAACAAAUGGUGAGUUUGACUUGUCUGAUUUGGUACUUGACCUGCACCAACGGCUUAGAAAGGAGAUAUUUGAGGCUGAGAAAAUGGAUUUUGUGUAUAUAGAUGAAGUGCAGGAUUUGACAAUCAGACAAAUUUCACUUUUCAAGUAUAUAUGCAGAAAUUUUGAGGAAGGGUUUGUUUUUUCAGGUGAUACUGCCCAAACUAUUGCACGAGGGGUUGAUUUUAGGUUCCAGGAUAUAAAAACCUUGUUCUAUAAAGAGUUUGGAGCCUGUGAAAGAACAGGAAAGGGAAAAAUUACUGACUUGUUUCAUUUGAGGCAGAAUUUCCGAACUCAUGCUGGUGUUUUGAAGUUAGCUAAUAGUGUUCUUGAUCUUGUUCUCCAUUUCUUUCCUUCAUCUAUUGAUAAAUUGGACCCUGAAACAAGUCUUAUAAGUGGUGAAAAACCGGUAUGGGUUCAGAUGAAAAAUGGAGAAAAUGCAUUAGCAUCAUUCUUCAAAGGCAGCAACAUUGACAAUGGACUUAAGGGGUUUGGAGCUGAACAGGUCAUUUUAGUCAGAGAUGAAAGUGCAAGGAAUGAAGUUCUCAGCCAUGUAGGUAAGCAAGCACUUGUGUUGACAGUAAUAGAGUGCAAAGGCUUAGAGUUUCAGGAUGUGUUGCUGUACAACUUUUUUAGCUCUUCUCUUUUGAAGGAUCAAUUGGAAGUUAUAUAUGGAUAUAUGGAAAAGCAAAAUUUGCUCAAGUUCACUGCAGAAAAGCCCUUUCCAAUUUUCAAUGAGGGAACACACACGCCCUUGUGCUCAGAGCUGAAGCAAUUAUAUGUUGCCAUCACUCGGACAAGGCAAAGGUUGUGGAUAUUUGAGAAUCAAUGUUGCUCUAUGUUUAACUACUGGGAGAAACUAUGCCUUGUUCAAGUUCGGGAAUUGGAUAAAAAUUUUCUACAGGAGAUUCAAGUUGCAAGCAGUCAAAAAGAGUGGAAAGCUCGUGGUAUGAAGUUCUUUCACCAGCAAAACUAUGACAAGGCAAGAUUUUGCUUUGAAAGGGCAGAAGAAAGAUACCUGGAAAAGCUGGCAAUGGCUGCAGGCCAUGUAUAUACUGCUGAUCAUAUAAGGAAUUUAGAUCCCAGAACAGCACGCAAGCAUCUUACUGAGGCUGCUCAUAUUUAUGAGUUUAUUGGCAAGAAUGAAUCUGCUGCCCAAUGUUUCUUUGAAUUACAUGAAUAUGAAAAAGCAGGUAUAAUUUACUUGGAAAAGUGUGGGGAAUCUAAGCUAAAAGAAGCCGGUGAAUGUUUUCAUCUGGCAGGAUUUCAUGAAAAAGCAGCUAAAAUAUAUGCUAGGUGCAGAUCCUUCUCUAAAUGCUUAUCGGUGUGUGUUGAUGGGAAAUUAUUUCUGGUGGGGUAUCAGUAUAUCAAAGUCUGGAAAGAGAACAAUUUCCAAUUUCCUAAGAGUGAAGAAGUUCAGACGUUCUUGGAGAGAGGGGCACUCUAUUUUCAUAAGCUUAGGGAUUCUGAAUCCAUGAUGAUAUUUCUGAAAUCUUUUGAAUCUAAGAAUCAAAUGCGUACUUUCUUGAAAAGUGUAGAUCGCCUUGAUGAACUUCUAUCCUUAGAAAAAGAGUGGGGCAACUUUUUGGAAGCUGCAAAUGUUGCAGAAAUGAAAGGUGAUGUUCUUCUUCAAGUUGAUCUGCUAGAGAUGGCUGGAGAAUUUAAAGGAGCAUCCAACGUCAUCCUCUUCUAUGUGCUUUACAGCUCUCUUUGGAGGCAAGGAAGCAAAGGUUGGCCUUUGAAGCAUUUUGUGGAAAAAGACGAGCUUUUGAAGAAAGCUAAAAGUUUUGCAAAGAAUGCUUCACCUGAUUUCUACGAUUUUGUUUGUAUUGUAGCAAACAUUUUGUCAGGUGAAAAAGACAACUUACUUGAGUUGAACAAAUGUUGGAAUGAUGCUUGGAGACAUGGAAGUGUUAGAAGUAAAAUUUUAUGUGCUCGAAAAAUUCUUGAUGCUUACCUAUAUCCAGGCACAUUAGAGAAUAAGUGGGAGAAUACUUUGUUUGUCGAUCUACUACUGUACACAGAAAACAGAAUAUCCUGGAGAUAUAUUUCUGUUGUAACUCUAGUUGAACGCUGGAGUUUUUGGAAAGAUGAAAUUGAGAAAAUUUUGUCAUAUGUAAAGGAUGAUAGCAGUGGAGAUUCUUAUGGGGAAUUCUUGAUGAGCUACUUUGGUGUCAUUAAGCAGUCGAAGAAUGAGAAAACAAUGUAUCUUUUGCUUUGUCCUGAUGCAGCAUGGAUUAAGGAUUUUAAUCUUCAUUGUUUUAACAGAAAUGGGAAAUCAUGGAUUGAGGCCAGCCAGCUGGUUUAUGCUGCUAAAAGUUAUUGGUCUUCUGAAAUGCUUACUGUCGGUUUGAAGGUGCUUGAACUUCUUGAAGAACUUUAUGUAUUUUCAGUCAAUAAAGCCUUGUCUAUAUAUUGCAAAUGCAUGCUUCUAACUCAAAUCUUCGAGGUUUCGAAGCCUUUGGUUGAGUCAAAUUUAUUGAGCAACAAGGUGCAAAGAUUUCUUAGAAUUCCUAUGGAGAACUUCUUUGGUCUUAUCUAUCCACUGGAUUGGCGAAUGCCGUUGACAAAAGAUAUGAUUUGUCUAAGAGAAGCAGGUACUUCCAGGAAUUUAUUGAAGGAAGUUUUCAAUAGGAUCAUUAGCUCAAAGCCUGAAACAAGUGCACAAAUUGGAGAGCUAAUGAUGAUUCUUCUUUCCAGAAAAUUUUCACCUGAUCUAUAUGUCCAGAUUGAAGCAAGCUGUGGUACUAGUAUAUCAUGGCAAGUGUUCAUCAAGAAUUUCAGAAGAACAAUGAAACCUCAUGAUCCCAUUCAAGAUACAGAAGAGGUUUCUCUGGUUCAAAGUUUCCAUAGAGCUCUAGAAGAUACUGAUUAUACCAAUUAUUCACCGACUUGCUAUUUGUAUCUUCUUGAUCGCCUCGUGUUCAUGGUAUCUUAUUUGAAAGGUUACUUCUUUACAGCAAGGACUUCAUUGGUUGAAUGGCUUUUGUGCAAGGGUUGGAAUGUUUACCCAAAUUUGAAUUUUGUUUCUGAUGUGAAAGAGCAAUCAUUACUUGAAGUAAUCGUUAAGUUCGUGGCUCGCUCGGUUCACGAUAUCCUUUACUGUGAGUUUUUUUCUAGUGAGCCUGCAAAAUGGAUGAAAAAGUACAAUCUGCAGAGGGACUUCUAUGGUUUGCUAGUGCUGAGAUUAUUUGUCAUGCUUUGUCAAUUAUGCACCAACUUUGAAGUGCAUUUUAGUUUGCUUUUCAAUUUUCUUGAUAAGGAACAAGUUACUCAGUUCUUACCAUGGAAGUUUUACCAGUCACUGCGAAAGUUAAAGGAACAUGACAGAAGAGAGAGAAAAAUUGAAGCCGUUGCAGAAGCAUUAAAAAGCAUUGGAAACCCUCUUGUGAUUGUCAGUCUAGGAAUUUGUGCAGAAAAUUAUUUUCCGGAUGCAAUUGUUUUGUACUUGAAUGUUCAACAAGACAGAAAAACCAUUCUUGAUACGUUAUUGCCUAAUAGGACACACAGAAAACAGACUUCCUGAAUGAUGCUUCAAGAUUGAAGUUUAUAUGAAGUUGAUGACAUUAAAAUAGCUCCGAACUUUCUGAAGAAGUUGCAGAUUAGAAGAGAGAGAAUGUACCGAUGUAAUCUCUUAUGGACCAUAUAUCAAUUUGUGAUUUGCCAUGUAUGUAUAUAAUCCUUUUUCUUUUCUUUUGCAAACUACUUAGUUUUAUGUAUAUAAAUAUGAUGGGAUUGGUCAUCUAAAGAAAUGUUAUUUAGCUGAUGUUUGGUUAGGGAUAAGUCAGACUGUAGGGAAGUGCAACUUACGUGAAGUGCACAAAAUACUUGUGUUUGGUUUGCAUUAUCAAUUCUACUUCCUGAAAAGUAGAUCAUGCAACUUUCCUUUCACAAGGGAAGUAAGUUCCUUAGAUACGGAUAGAGAAGUUGCGAUUCGCUAGUUAAGUGUAAUACAUUUACCAGUUUAUCCUA